AUGUAUUUGUUUACAUGUCUAGGCGUGGCUACGUGUUAUAUCGGCCUUGCUUUUUGCUAUCAUGAAACCUAUAACGAACAAGCUGCCUUGUCUCGGUCUAAGAAGGGUUUUGAAGAAAGUCGUCUGGUUCCCGAUCUUCUUUCGACGUUUGAUCCUCAAGGAACUCUGGCUAUCCACUUUGCUGAUGAUAAAGUUCUCCGACGUCCUGGGUUCCCAAUGUCAGCUCGAGAUACUCAAGCUAGCCCAAGUGUUCAGCUUUACCCUGAGUCCACCGGCCAGCUGGACUCAGCAGAGAAGUUUACAUUGAUCAUGGUAGACCCAGAUUCGCCCAUCCAUGCCAACCCAUCUGGGGCCAAGUUGCACCUUCUCGCCACCGAUCUGGCUCUCGAUCGGCAUCAUGAACCAGUCGAAACCUACACCCUCCUCAACAACACUCGAUUCUUGUUUGAUUGGCAUUCACCGAAUCCGGAGCCCCGCACAGGCGUUCACAGGUACACUUUUCUGUUGUACAAAGGUGUUGCCUCACAGACGUCUCAGCAGCCUCUUCAGGCCCCGGACUUCAAUAGCUCCGGUUUCAAUCUCGCUCAGUUUACGCGUGAUGCCGGGCUUCAAAAUCCGUAUGCUGCGGCUUUUAUGAAUGUUGAUUCAGCAUCCAAUGCCCAAGGCAACAGUGCAUCAGGCCGAUCGAUUGAUGUAUAUACCCUCAGCACUACAAUUGCCCUGUCCGUUCUUGCGGCAAUCUACCUCUCCUAA